AUGAAGUUCCCUACAUCUCUCGUCCUCCUCGCGGUAACCGCAGUCACAGCAUCGCCUACUCCAACCAUCCAGGAAGAACCGGCGAAGGCCCUGCAGAAGAGAGCUAGCAUUACAGAUGCUGCUAACAUUGGCUAUGCGAUGGCAAAUGGAGGCACCAAAGGCGGAGCUGGCGGUCCUACUACCACUGUCAGCACUUUGCCCCAGCUCUCGGCUGCGGCCAACUCCACUGGACCUCUGAACAUUGUCGUCCAAGGAGCCAUCAGUGGUGCCGCAAAGGUCCAGGUUAGCUCGGAUAAGACCAUCAUCGGGAAGACUGGAAGCUCCCUCACUGGCAUUGGUCUCACGAUUCUAGGCCAGAAAAAUGUCAUCGUGCGCAACAUGAAGAUCAGCAAAGUGCCUGCUGCAUACGGCGAUGGCACUACCAUCCAGCUUUCUACGAAUGUAUGGGUCGACCAUUGCGAUUACUCUGGUGAUGAGUCGGUGGGCAAAGACACCUAUGACGGCUUGGUCGACCUUUCGCAUGCUGCGGACUUUGUCACCAUCUCCAACACUUACUUCCACAAUCAUUCCAAAGGCACUCUUGUAGGGCACUCCGACAAGAAUGCCGCUGAAGAUACCGGCCACCUCCGCGUAACAUACGCAAACAACCACUUCUACCGCGUCAACAGUCGCGGUCCGCUUCUCCGUUUCGGCACAGCGCACAUCUUCAACAACUACUACAACGAGCAGUCUACGGGCGUGAACUCCCGCAUGGGCGCGCAAGCUCUCGUUCAAAGCACCGUCUUUGAGAACAGUGGCAAGAAGAUGGUCUACACGGAGAGUAGUGCAGAGGAUGGAUUUGCAGUUGUUGAGGACGUCCUGUUCGGCGGACAGAGCGCCAACACAGCGCCACUGGGUAAGCUCAAUGCGCAAAGCUUUCCUUACAAGUAUGAGUUGCUGGGAAGCGCGAAUGUCAAGGCUGCUGUUACCAAGGAGGCAGGGCAGACACUGUCGUUCUAG